GUGCCACUACAGCAACCUGGCCUUCUCCCUGCUGGCCCACGUGCUGGCCGAGCACGGGGCCGACGGGCAGUACCAGCGCUGGAUCUCGGAGCACAUCCUGGACCGCCUGGGCAUGGAGGACACGGGCUUCGACCUGACGCCGCCCAUCCGCGCCCAGAUGGCCGUGGGCUUCUACGGCAGCCGCCAGCCCGCCCCGCUCUACGACCUGGGCUGGUACAGACCCUCUGGGCAGAUGUACUCCACGGCUGCCGACCUGGCCAAGCUGGCCAUGGUCUUCUUGGGCACCUACCACCGCCGGCUGCUGGAGCCCGACACGGUGAAGACCAUGCUGACCCCGCUGCUCAAGUGCUCCAGCGACUACUUUGCCAACAAGACGGGCACGCCCUGGGAGAUCAACGAGCAGCUGGGCUACGAUGUCAUCAGGAAGGAUGGGGACCUCGAUGGCUACUCAGCCACCUUCUCUCUUAUCCCCAAGCUCCACCUGAGCUUCAUCGUGCUCAUGUCGGGGCCCAGGCCUCAGGGUGGGGAUGUUGUGACUCAGACUUACGAGUAUCUCAUUCCGGCCAUGGAGACGGCUUUCAGGGAGGCAGAGAAGAGUGUGGUUCCCCCUCCAAACCCCAUCCCUUAUGUUGGCUACUACACCUAUUCCAACCUGACUUUCUAUGAGAUCAAAGUUGGCAUUGGUGGGGUGCUGAUCAUGCAGCAGUUUGGGCCUCACGUAGAAGAGCUGAUCCCUGAGAAGUACCGGACAAUCAAGCUCCACCACCUGGAGGAUCGUGUUUUCCAAGUUGUUUUUGACAAGGAGUUCCCGUGUGUCCUGCACCUGGGCUCUGCCUCCAUCUCCCUGGAGACCCAAAAUGGGCAGCUCUUUAACUUUUACCCCUUUGACCGCAAGGGUUUGUCUCCAGGCUUCGAUGCCCCGGGGUUGAACACGUACAACGUGGUGCGUGUGCUCCGCAAGCCCGUGUUCUACAGCUAAACACCCCCUGCUCCCCUCACCUCUUCUGGGAGGUGGCUCCAAAUCUGUGUCUUACCAGACUCUGGUUGGCUCCACGGAAGCCAUUUAAAAGGGAAAGGUGGUGGCAAAUAAUUCUUUUGCCAAACAGAUACUUCUAAAAUGACUUUCUGCUUCUGACAUGGCUUUAGUGGCUGGCAACCCCCCAAAAUGCACAACAGGCCAGCUGGAGAUGCCUGCAGAACAUAAAAAAGAGGUGGGAAUGUGCUGAGGGGAUUGUGUUUGGAUGCCAUAAAAACAAAGCUGAGCACUGAAGUGUCCACACUUUCGUUGUUGGUUUGAUGACCAUUGUAGUUAUCAACUGGUGUCAUCAAAGGCUGGAAAUGCCCCGUGUCUCUCAGAAAAUAUCUCUUCUUCAGUCCAAGGGUUUUUCCACAGCUUUUCAGGAGCCCACCUACCACGAGCAAGAUCCCUUACCUGGGUUUGCCAAAAGCCUGAUGUGCUAAAAAAUGGCCCCAAGCCUGACCCCAGGCCCUGCUUGGGAUCCCUGGGAUCCUUUUUUUCUCCAGGUCACAAGGAGGAAACCGUGAAAAGAGCAGAGAACAACGUGGUCUUGGCUCCAUGGAUUUCUACAGAAGUGGUGGUCACACCAAGGAUGUUGUAGCACUUCAGUGGAGAAAUAGAAGCUCACUCUUGUGGGCAGGGCCACAUGAACAUAAGCUGGGACAUCCCAACUGGGCUCAGGCCUGUGACUAUCUCAGCGUACAGGAAAGGGGGUGUGGUGUUUAACCACAGGAAUGUGUGGGAAUCCUUCUGGGUGUUUUGGGCAGGGUGUCUGUUUGCAAAUGUCCCCAGGUGUGAGUGAAGAUGCUGAGGGAAAGGACGUCAUCCUGGGCAGCCCUGCACUGAGGACAGGAGCAUCUGCAACUGCAAAGCCACAGGUGCAUUUUCUUCUCCCUUCCUGUGCCCACUCGAGGCCAAGGCAGGUGAAACAGGGGAUCCAGGUCACAACAACUCCAGGCAAUGCUCCAGGCUUGGGGAAAAAGGGUUUGGAAACCUGCCUGGGCAGAAAAGGACUUAGAGGUGCUGGUUGACAGUGGUUGAACAUGAGCCCAGGUGUGCCCAGGUGGGCAAGAAGGGCAAUGGCACCUGGGCUGUACCAGCCAUUGUGUGGCAGCAGGGCCAGGGCACUGCCUGUCCCUGUGCUGGGCACUGCUGAGGCACCUCACAGUUCAGUUUUGGGUCUCUCACAACAAGAAGGACAUUGAGGGGCUGGAGCACAUCCAGAGAAGGGAACGGAGCUGG